AUGCCUUUCAAACAUCUCCUCGGGAAGAAAGAGAAGCUUACAGAUGCGCAUGCGCCGUCCCCCGCCCCCGCAGCGCGCGAGCCUUCGUUUGAAGCACCCGAGUUUACUUUUAUGAGGAGCGACACGUAUACACAAGAGAUCAUCUCACCUCCUACGUUCUCCUCCGUAGGUUCCUCGAGACAUCCUGUCGCAGACGGCAGAGAUGGCAAUGCCGAACCCAGGACCAGUGGGAUAUUCAAAGGGCGCUCCCGAAGGUGGGUUUAUAUGGACUCUGAGAAUGUCUCACGGCUCUUGGGACACCGAUCUAUCCUCUUCCGAAGAAGCAAAGCUGACUCGCCGGUUCUCUGUAGCUCUUCUGGCGUCUCUGCUGUAUCUACAUCCUCCCAUAUCAGUACCGGCGACAAGUCAAAAUCGAAGAGGUUAUCAGAGCGUCUUCAUUUGAGAAAGAGCCAGAUAACUUCAACAAGUGUACCAAGUGAUCUUCCGGAGAUCGGCGCGGGGGAUGGUGAUGCCGGGGAGUCACAAUGGGAAAGACGCGCAACCAUACUGGCAAGAGAAAAUGAGAAAUCGCGGAGUCGACCAGUUACUCCUAGUGGCUCUUCAAUAGCAGAUCUACCGGGAUUCAGUAGCAUGACAUUGGGCGAAGCUGGGAAGCAUAAGGGUGCUAUACCGACAAAGCAAGCAGAUGACGAUAUACAGGAAGCCAUUAGGCUUCAUGAAGCCGGGGAAUUGGAGACUUCUACGCGGAUGUUUGGGCGAUUGGCAGAUCCUAAUGGGGAGAAUAAUGCUUUGAGCCAGGUGCUGUAUGGUCUCGCCCUGAGAUAUGGUCUUGGAUUCGUGUCAUUGAAGAUUAGGUUGUGGAAGACAUUCCUGACGUCUCAUUUCAUUAGAUCCGGCUGGGGAUGCACGCCUGAUCCUGGGGCUGCCGUCAAAUAUCUAUCGGCAGCAGCGUCGAAUGCAGCUUUGAUCGAGGAGCUUGCACUUAAAGCUGGGUUGAAGAAGGGAGGAGCAGCAAAGGGCGAGCUGGUACUGGCAAUCUUUGAACUUGCAAACUGCUUCAGAUACGGCUGGGGUGUGGCCAUCGACAAACUGGCCGCGAAACAGUAUUAUGAAACUGCAGCGAAUUUGGGCGACACUGAUGCAAUGAAUGAGGUUGCUUGGUGCUAUGUGGAAGGGUUUGGCUGCAAGAAAGACAAGUGGGCAGCUGCGAAAUACUACAGGCUCGCGGAACAAGGUGGAAGUAAGACCUUGGGAAACUCUUGCGCAGUUACAGAUGACUCGACCGAUAGCGACCGAUUCGCUGGCGAGCAUGCUCCUAAUUACGUGGAUAAAGUCGGCUGA